AUGGCCUUGCGCCUCACUCCUUUCUUGGGCCUCAUGCUGAUGCUUCUCGUCACCUUCACCACAGCCAACAGAGGCGGAAGCUACGACAGGAUCUGCAAGCCGUGCCACCAGAGAUAUACCCACUGCCACGAGAUCUGCAUGGCCAGCAAGGACGAGAAGAACGGCAACAAGGACUGGGCAGUCCCCUGGUGCAGCGACUAUUGCUGCAUCGAAGUGCGUGACAAGACCUGCAAUGGAUAUUGCGGCUUCAAAAAGCAAUGCAAGACCUAG